CUUGAAAGUGGACUGUUCAUAAACUAUAAGCACAAAAAUGUCAAAGCGUAAGAAGAGCGCAGCUUUGAUAGAUUCUGAUAGUGAGGAAAGUGACAGUGGUUCAGAUUUGGAAGAAGAUUUGAAAGCACUGACAAAGAGAAAACGUCCAGAUUCUGACUCCGAAACAUCUGAAAGUGAUGAUGAUUGGACAAUGAAUGGAGAAGGAAAAAAGAAAAAGAAGUUAAAACAAACUAACAAGAAAGCAAAUCGAAAAUCUACAGCAAUAUCAUCAUCAUCUGAAAGUGAUGGGGAGAGUGACAAACAUGUGUCAGAACCAGAGGAGGGGGAGGUGUCAGAAUCUGGCAGCAAUUCUGGCCCAGCUGAGGAAUCAGAACCUGAGUCAGACAAAGAGACUUUUCAUGAUGAGUACGAUGAAAAUCUGUACGGUGAUGAAGAAGACAGAAAGCGAUUGGAACAAAUGACAGAAAAAGAAAGAGAACAAAUAUUAUUUAACAGAGGAGAACUCCGACAAGUACUUAAAACAAGGUUUGAAAUAGAGAAAAAACUUCGACAAGCAAAAAAGAAAGGUUUAUUAAAAAAGGACAAACAGGUAAAUGAUGCUGCAAUAAAUAAAUCUACAAGUCAGAGGAGUACCGAAAGACGAAAAAACAUGGAGGAAAAGAAAGACAGUAAAAAGUUUGCUGCUCUCAAGGAUCUGAAGGCGAAGCGUGAAGAAAAGAAAAAAUUAGCUGAAGAGUUAGAAAAACAGGAACAAAAGAAAAAACUACUCAAAGCCAGUGAAAUCUAUUCAGAUGACGAUGAUGAUGAUGACGAUGAAGAUGAUGAUGACGAAGAGGAGAGAGAUGAAGAGACAAAGUCCAAAUCACGGGAUCAAGAUACAAGGGGAGAGAAGUUUGGGAGUGAUUCUGAUAGUAGUGGUGGAUCAUCAUACAGUGGCUACAACUCUGAGUCCGAUGAUGGGUCACAUCGAGGAUCAAAGAGGAAAGUCCAGUUUGUCAGUACCAAAGAAGAAUUAACAAAAGUAAAACUUUCACGGCAUAAAUUAGAGAAGUGGUGUCACAUGCCAUUCUUCCGAAAGACAGUACAAGGUUGUUACGUAAGGAUUGGGAUUGGCAACCAUGAAGGACAAGCUGUCUACAGGGUAGCAGAAAUUAUUGGUGUUGUUGAUACAGCGAAGGUGUAUCAAUUGGGAAGUACACGAACUAAUAAGGGACUCAAAUUGAGACAUGGCCACUCGGAAAGAGUGUAUAGGUUAGAAUUUGUCUCAAAUCAGGACUUCACAGACUCAGAGUUCUUCAAGUGGAAAGAGGCCAUGAUGCUGGGAGGGCUUACUCUACCAACUUUAGAUGAGAUUGAAAAGAAGUUCAAGGAUAUACGAGAUGCUUUGCAGUAUAAAUUUAAAGAAAAUGACAUUGAAGAGAUUGUUGCUGAUAAACUGAAAUUUAAGAAGAAUCCUCACAAUUAUGCUGUAAAGAAAACGCUGCUUUUAAAACAAAAGGAAAUGGCUGACAUUGAAGGUGACCAGGUUGGACAGUCAAAAAUCAAACAGGAACUAGAACAGUUAGAAGAACGAGCCACAGAACUUGACCGUAGAAGGUCAAGUAACAUCAGUUCUAUCAGUUACAUCAACCAGCGUAACAGAUUGAGGAACAUGAUUGAUGCAGAAGAAGCAUUUAAAGUUGAAGUGGCAGCCAUGAAAACUGCUACUGCAGACCCUUUCACACGACGACAAUGUCGUCCCACCAUUGUGACGAAGUCAAAAGAUCCAAAUGCAGAAAUAGAUGCAAAACUCAAGACUGAGGAGCUGAAACGACAGUCAUUACCAGAAAUAGCUAGGUCUAAUCAGGCUGACUAUGAUAAAGCCAGAUCAGAGAAGAUGCAUAAGGCUGAUCCAAUGAAGUUCUUAGAGCCCACCAAACAGAAAUCAACAGAGGACCUUUUUGACGUCCACAACUUUGAUAUCACCAUCGAUUUGGAAGUGCCAUCCAGCACCCCAGCAAUGGCUGUCAACAAUCGAUCUGCCCAGAAUGUACGGGACCCCACUCCACGACGCUCGUUGAAUCUGGAGGAAUACAAGAAGAUGAAAGGCUUGAUAUAAGUGUGUGAUGUGAGAGAGAGAGGGGGUCCAGAGUGGGUGUGUUAAUGUAGACAGUUUGGACUGUGAGAGUGUUCCCAAAUCAUUGUAUCGGUUCCUAGUAGGACAACCAUUGUACUGAUGGGAUGGUUAUAAAUACUCGACCAUCAAAGUGUUGGAAAACAAAAGAUGUUCUCUAUGAUUAUGUUUUUAUUUUCACCCACAUUAUCAAACAAAGUAAGGAUAUUGUACGGGUGAUUCAGUGCUAAUGGCCACUUUUUGUUGUGAAUCUUUUUGGUCAUUUUUAAAUUGUCAAAUUAAAGGGGGUGGGGGAGGGGGAAAAUACAAAUUCUGUUUCCAUCCAAAUGCAUUGAAAAUAGUUUUAUCUAGGAAUCUUCUAUUUUUAAUGGAUGUAUUGGGUUAGUCAGAGGUGUCCAAAUACACAAGUUUUGAUCUGUGUUUUUCACAUUAAAUGGUUACAGCUCCAGGUGGGAUAGGACAGUAAUUGGGUCAGGUCAUGUUGGUUUAUCAUCAUCAUUUGAUGUGUCAUUAAUUACACAUGGAAUGAGGACUUGUGAAUUGAUACCAUGGAAAUUGAAUAUUUAAAUGGCAUAUUUCAUUUUCCAUAUAAAAUUCAUGAGUAUGCACUCAGUUUUGAUAGAUUCCUUGUAUCUUUUUUUUUUUUUUUUGUAAUUACAUUGAAAAAUGGUAAACAGGUCAUAUUUGCUGUUUUUAUGUGAAUACAAUCAUGUAUUGAUAUAUCAUAUUAAAUUAUCACCAGUAUGUUUGUGCAUGUAACUGAAUUAUGUUUCUGACAAUUUUUUUUUCCAACUGUUACUCAUGAUUUUUUAUAUCAGCCUCACAUAACAGGUCACUGUUUCACUUCCAAUCCUCAACAGUAUCCAUCAUCACUUUAACUUAACUCCUCUUGAUAACAUUAAACCUGUUUGUUUAUCCAAAGUACAUACAAUUUAUGUUAUUGUGCUACACAUAUAAUAUCCUAGGUAAGUAAAGCUUUUGUCAGAGUGUCCAUACGAAUGACAUGAACUUCAUAUGGUCUGGAUGUGUAUUUAUAUACUUAUUUAUUCAGUAGAGACUGAAAUAUGAUGUUUGUUUCUAAGAAACACUUGACUUUUGAUGGGUACAUGGUAUAUCUUAUAGGGGCAACUUUUUCACACUCUUACUGAAAUCUGUAUCACCUUUUCCUUUCAAUAGUGUGAAAAUAAAAAGUGUCCCUAAAGUUUGAAGUUAAUGCUGAAAUACUGUAAAUACACCUAUUUCAUUGGUGAUCUUAUUUUAGUGCUUUUCCCAUUUAAGAUACAGCACUGAAUUAUGAUAGCGCUAACUGCAGUUUCUGUAUGUUGUUGAUAAAGCAAUUAUUGGAGAUGAGCGAAUUUGUCAUUUUGCUUAUUUGUUCAAAAUUGAUAUUGCACUGAAACUUGAUUUCACCAAAAUAAGUAUGUUUAUAGUAUAUGUUUAUUAUUAUUUCAGUGAGAAUGUAUGUAAAGAAUGUAAAGAUCAGCUACAUUGCUUCUCUGUAAUAGAUUCAUUUUAACAUUACUUUAAAGUGUGUACGAUGUAAUGUUAACAUCAAAGUGCUGUUAUGCUCUUUAUAUUUCAAACAAUGUGAGUCACCAUUUGAUUAUCACAGGAAAUUGCGUAAUUAUAGAUGUAAUUAUUUCAUUGCAUGAUUAACCAUUUGGUGACUUUUUAUGAAACCUAGUUGUUUCUUAACUGUCUGACUGUAAAAGCUGUUGCUUGUGAAAAGAUAGAAGAAGCUGUAAAAAUUUGUAACUGACCUGUGGUACAAAAGUGUGACUUGUGUGAGUUCUGCUAGUAUUUUAACUUGUGUGACAUGCACUUGGAAACCGUUGAUGUGAAACUGGUCAUUUGUGUAUGAUUUAAAUAGCAACCCAAAUUUGACACAUGUGAUUUUUAUGGUGAAAGAAGUACAUGAUGUAUGACUUAUAUGGUUUUCAGAAUGUGUGUUGUAUAGUUUUCAAAAUGGGGAUGUGUAUGGUGUCCAGUAAGUGGAUUGUCUGCUGUCGAGAAUAGAGAUAGUAUGUUAUUAAGAAUAUAGAUUUGGAUGGUGUCCAGAAUGUUGAUAGUAUGGUGUCAAGAAUGUGAAUUUUGUGCUGUCAAGAAUGGAGAUUGUAUGUUGCUAAGAAUGUGGAUUUGGAUAGCGUCCAAAAUGUGAAUUUGUAUGGCGAUCAGAAAUGAUAGCUAGCUGUAUGAUUAACAUGGUGACUAAGAUCAUUGUGCAUAAUUUUCAAAACUUAUAAAUUGCAUGUGAGGUUUUUCAGGUCACCUUAGACAAAGUCUCAGGCUGACCUAUUGCAAUCACUUUCAUCAGACAUUGUGCAUCUGUAAACAAUGUAAUUUUUUCGACUUCUCAAAGCCUCUUGAUCUGAUUUCAAUGGAAAUUUUGCAGAAACCUUCCCUGGCCUAAGAUGAACCAAAGUUGUGAUUUAUACAGUCCCCACUCUACAGGAGCCUGAGCAGCAGGGCCAAAAGGGGUCAAAUUGACUCGGAUUUCAAAAAUCUUCUUCUCAACACCCAGAUAUGGUAGAAUCAAAUACUACUCAUGAACGUAAACAUCUUAAGGUGCUGUACCAAAAUUGUGAAUCUCAUGGACCCAGGGUCUCACCUUUCCCCGUGGGGAGGGGGGUAAAAUUUACUAUAAUUUAUAUAGGAAAAAUAGAUUUUCAAUCAUAAUUUGUUUAAUUUUAUUGGAAAUAUUUCAAACUUAGUUAGAAUUAUGAGUGAAGGAUGUCAGCUUGAUUUAAAGCGAUCCUGUGUGACCCUCAAGGGCAGAUGGGUCAAAUUGACCUAAAUUCAAAGUCAUCUUUUCAGCACCCAGAUAUGAUAAAAUCAAAUGCUCUGUAUGAAUGGAAGCAUGGAAGGUGCUUUAAUUAUCAAAAGAGGUCUCACAUUUCUUCCUGGGGAGGUAACUGUUUUAAACUUUACUGCAAUUUUCAUAGAAAAAUUGCAUUUUUGAGCAUAAUGUUUGGUUAUUUCCCACUGAAAAUAACUUUGUAAGAUUUAUUAGUAUAGAAUGAUAAGUUUUGAUGGUAUGCAUGUGUUGACACUUGCUUACUAUAUUCAAUAUGAUAAUUUCUGUUUCAUGACACUUGGUACCCACCCUUUAACUUUCAUAUUCAAUAUUGCUUAUCUCAGGCAACUGUCAAGGCUACUAGGCCUCUUGUUUCUGAAACUCUGCAGCAUUGAAUGAUUCCUAUUAUAGGAACAAAAAUACACAAGUACAGAACAAAAUUUUAUGAUUGAUUUCUUGUGAUUUCAUGGAUUUGAUGUGAUUUUGCUUUCAAUUUGAAAGUUUUGUAUGGUAUGCAUUUUUCAAGGGUAUUCAUGAUUUUUCAAUGGCGUUGAUGGAAUUUUACCUCUGAAUAGAUUGGGAAGCAUCUGAUGAUAUAUUAUGAUGUAAUUGAUAAUGUUUACAAUAACUAAAAACAAAGGCAUCCACUCUAACCCAUUACUGUAUAUUUUCUCCGUGUAAUAACAUUGGCAUGAUUACUUUUUCAUAGUCUAAAGAUAAUGUUUGUUUUGCUGAAUGAUUUUUAAAAAAAAAAAUUCUUACUUGUAUAUGUAAAAUCAUAAGCUAUAUUUUACCAAUGUUUAGUUUAUUGAAAACUGUAAAAUGCAUGUCAAGUAUAUACUGGACUGUAGUGUGAAAAACUGGGUAGGGUUAUAACAAAACAUUGGCUUAUUACCAUGCAUGUGGUAGACACAAGCUGAACAUUGAAGUUUUAUCUACCUCAUCUCCUGUAGUAUAUAUUUAUAAUACGAGAUGAUGAAAAAGAACAUCUUGCUGUGAUCUAGAGUUCAUUGAUGUAGGUGGACAAUCUUUAUUGUGAUCCUUACUUUGAUUGGAAGGGUUGUAAUUACCAUCCCAUCAGAUGAUUCACUAAUUUCUGUGGUUCUGUAGGGACUUGGCCACUAACUUAGGUCAUAUGGGACAGCUUGUCUUCAUAUCGUUUGUUGUAUCUUAAAAUUUAAUAAAAUAUUGUGACAAAGA